AACCGGAAACAGUAUUAAAGGCCACGGCCAACAGCAUGUAGCCGGAGCCACCUCGUUCACAACAAACCUCGUGUUUUAAUAUAGCUUUUUUAACUGUUUUUCUCAAGACAUCAUUUAUUGUUUUUUAAGUGUCAGACGGAUAAACGAUUGUACCGAAGAUGGGAGUCCCGGCGUUUUUCCGUUGGCUGAGCAGAAAAUAUGCGUCAAUCGUUGUGCAUUGUGUCGAGGAGAAGGGUAAAGAAUGUAAAGGGGUCCGUAUUCCUGUCGAUACGACCAAGCCGAACCCCAACGAGGUGGAAUUCGACAAUUUGUACUUGGACAUGAACGGGAUUAUUCACCCGUGCACACAUCCAGAGGACAAGCCCGCUCCCAAAAACGAGGACGAGAUGAUGGUCUCCAUAUUCGAGUACAUCGACCGUCUCUUCAACAUUGUCCGUCCCCGGAGAGUUCUCUACAUGGCCAUCGAUGGAGUGGCUCCACGGGCCAAGAUGAACCAGCAGCGUUCUCGGCGGUUUCGAGCCUCCAAGGAAGGCGUGGAGUUGGUAGAAGAGAAGGAUCGCAUCAGGGAGGAGAUCCUCGGAAGAGGAGGUUAUCUUCCACCUGAUGAGAUUAAAGAGAGAUUUGACAGCAACUGUAUCACACCAGGAACAGAGUUCAUGGAUAACCUGGCUCAGUGUCUUCGGUACUACGUCGCAGACCGACUCAGCAAUGAUCCGGGAUGGAAGAACGUCACGGUCUUCCUGUCCGAUGCCAGUGUUCCCGGUGAAGGGGAACACAAGAUCAUGGACUACAUCAGGAGACAGAGGGCUCAACCAAACCACGACCCCAACACGCACCACUGCCUGUGUGGAGCUGACGCUGAUCUGAUCAUGUUGGGCCUUGCCACACACGAGCCAAACUUCACCAUCAUCAGGGAGGAGUUUAAACCCAACAAGCCCCGCCCCUGUGCGCUCUGCGGACAGAUGGGUCAUGAAAUCAAAGACUGCCAGGGGACAGCGAGAGAGAAACAGGGCCAGCACGAUGAGUUUGCUGACUCGAUGCCGGUGUCUGAGCAGGAGUUCAUAUUCAUCCGGCUGUGUGUGCUGAGGGAGUAUCUGGCCAGAGAGCUGACCAUGGACAGCCUGCCGUUUCCCUUCGACUUUGAGAGGAGCAUUGACGACUGGGUCUUCAUGUGCUUCUUUGUGGGGAACGACUUCCUGCCUCACCUGCCGUCCUUGGAGAUCAGGGAGGGAGCCAUCGAUCGGCUGGUCAACAUCUACAAAGACGUUGUGCACAAAACCGGAGGCUACCUGACGGAGAACGGCUAUGUCAACCUGGAGCGGGUGGAGCUGAUCAUGCAGGCGGUGGGCGUCGCCGAGGACAACAUCUUCAAGAAACGCAAAGAGGACGACGAAGGCUUCAAGAGAAGGAUGAAGGAGAAGAGAAAGAGGAUGAAGGACCAGCGAGGCCCCGCCUACAUGACCACGGGACAGUUCGCCCCGCAGGCCCUGGGGAGGAGGGGCCGACCUGAGGCCGUCGAGAACGCCCGGCAUCAGGCCUUCGACAUGCGGAUGCAGCACAACAAGGAUGCUGCUCAGUCCCUGAAGGCCUCCAUAAAGAACGGUGGCAAUUCGUCUGCAGGACCGAGCGGCGGAGCAGACGGCCGAGGGAUGAAGAGGAAGGCUGAGGACAGCGACAGCGAGCCGGAGCCUGAAGACAACGUCAGGCUGUGGGAGGACGGCUGGAAGCAGAGGUACUUCAAGAACAAGUUCGACGUGGACGUGUCUGACGAGGACUUCAGGAAGAAGGUGGUGCGCUCCUACGUGGAGGGUCUCUGCUGGGUGCUGCGCUACUACUACCAGGGCUGCGCCUCCUGGAAGUGGUACUUCCCGUUCCACUACGCUCCGUUCGCCUCCGACUUCAAAGACCUCAAAGGGAUGUUCACGGACUUCGAGAAGGACACCAAACCGUUCAAGCCUCUGGAGCAGCUGAUGGGAGUGUUUCCUGCCGCCAGCGGCAACUUCCUGCCGACCACAUGGCGGAACCUCAUGAGCAGCCCGGAUUCCGCCAUCAUCGACUUCUACCCCGACGACUUCGCCAUUGAUCUCAAUGGCAAGAAAUACGCCUGGCAGGGCGUUGCCCUCUUGCCUUUUGUGGACGAAGCUCGACUGAGGGCGUCUCUGGCGGAAGUUUACUCCGACCUCACACCCGAGGAGGUGAGGAGGAACAGCCUCGGCAGCGACAUGAUGUUUCUCCAGAAGUCUCAUCCGCUCUCCGACUUCAUCCACGAGCUUUACCGCACCGAGUCUCAAGAGGGCACUGAGAUCCCUGCAGAGCUCUGCCAUGGAAUCCAAGGAACAUUAAAUCUUGAUGACGACCCAAUUCUGCCAGAUAAGCCGGUGGCGUCCCCCAUCCCCACGCUGCGGGACAUCACACAGAACCACGCCAUCGGGGUGAAGUUCAAAGAUCCUCACUUUGCCAGCGACUUUGUGUUCAAGGCGGUUCUGCUUCCUGGAGCCAAGAUGCCCAACAAGGUGCUGAAGCCGGGGGACUGGGAGAAGGGAAACCGGGAGCCGUGGAGGCCGCAGCUGGGCUUCAACCAGCACCGGCAGCAGGCCCACCUGGACCAGUCGGGCUUCAGGGCUCUGGGGCACAGCGUGAACCGGAGCCGUGGCGGAGGACAGUACAGCAACGCGCCCCCCCCCAACAUGUACCAACGGGGAAACUACCGGUCUGCACGCAGCGGGGGCCACGAGACCUUCCAACAUUCCCGGAACAGCAGCUCCUUCCAGCAGCCCCAGUACCCCCCCAGAGAGCAGCAGUCGUACGGCCGCGGCGGACACGGUUGGAAUCGGGCCGCGCAGUCGCAGCAGUCGGCGUACCAGCAGAACGCCAGCCGUGGGGGGGCGCCGCCGGCUGCUUCCUCGGGGGGCGGCUACCAGCAGCAGUUCGAUAGCCGCAGGGAGGAGUGGCGAGAUCACCCCAACAACCGGGGGCACCAGGGCUACAGCUCUGGCAGAGGUUACCCGGCUCCUCCAGCCAGAAGAUACAACUGGAAUUAAACUCACAGUAAUGUUGGACUUUCAUGGGGGGCGGCGAAGGUGAUUUUUGGAGAGACAUCUUUUUUUCUUUAAAGGCAAAGGGCCUGUAAAACUUGUAAAAUACAAGUGUGUCAAGUACAAAGUAUCCGCUGUGUUUAUUUUUCGGACCAACCUCUUUUAAGUGUUCAGAAAGACAUGUGAAAUAAAAAAAAUUGUCGUGA